UGUGUGAAAUAUCAGUUUUCUAUAUGAACGUUUUUGUUGCUGGUUGCAUCCAUGGGAAGUUAUCACUUCUUUAUGAGACAGUAGAGUGCUAUGAAAGGGAACAUUCCGUUUCUAUUGACUUGAUACUUUGUUGUGGGGACUUUCAAGCUGUUCGAAACUGGCAAGACCUUAGUUGUGUUUGUUGCCCUGCUAAGUACCGCCAACUCAACGAUUUUUACCAAUACUAUCGAGGGGAACUAACAGCACCAAAACUCACAGUCUUUGUUGGUGGCAACCACGAAGCAUCGAACUACCUUCAGGAGCUUCCCCUAGGUGGAUGGGUUGCUCCUAACAUUUUUUACUUGGGUGUAGCUGGAGUAUUAAGAAUCGGCAAGUUAAGAAUAGGAGGACUGAGUGGGAUUUUUAAAGAACAAGAUUUUCGAAAGGAGCAUUUUGAAAGACCACCGUACACAGAGAGUUUGUUGCAUUCUGUGUAUCAUGUUAGAGAAGUAGACAUAUAUCGUCUGUCGUUGCUUAUCCACAAACUGGAUAUCUUUAUCAGUCAUGAUUGGCCAGAAGGAGUGACGGAGUAUGGAAAUAAGGAAUCAUUGUUAAAGAGGAAGCCGUUCUUUAGGAAAGACUUGGAAGAAGGAAAGCUCGGAAAUUUAGGGACCAAAAACCUCCUCUUCCUUCUCCAACCAAGAUAUUGGUUUUCGGCCCACAUGCACUGUUAUUUUGAAGCGAUUGUGAAGAUAAACGAAGAGUCUCCAUGUGAAUUUUAUGCAUUGGAUAAAUGUCUUCGUCGCAGACCGUUUUACAAAAUAAUCAGAUUUCCCGAUAUAGUUCAGGAUGAGCUUGAAGUGCGAAUGGAUGAAGAAUGGGUACAAAUCCUGUUAGAGACGGCAUUCGUUCGCCAGAGUCCUUGGAAUCUUUUACAAGCGGAAAACUGGAAGAAGAUACACGAUAUUCGUCAAAAUCGAAGUUUCACAAAGCAGUCGCACCUUAAGUUUCAUAGGUUUUGCCCCACCAGCAAAUCGUUAUCAUGUGGAGAGGAGAAGAUGGAAUGGCAAAGAACUCAUAUUGCACUUCCUGCGUGUCUUCCAUUGAAUCCUCAAACUCAGUAUUUACGGGAUCAACUCAAUGUUCCAAUAACAGCCCCAAUAUUUUGCAACUGUGCCUCGUGGGUGAUUGAACUUAAUGCUUCGAACUCUGAAAUGACUGGACGAGAUCCUAACGAAAUUCAACUCUCAGAAGAUGAUGCGUUUUAGAGUAGUAACAAAUGACAUUAUUUUUCUGGCAACAUAACAAAACGUUUCUCGUUCUUAUUGUUUUUGAAGCUUUGUAGAGGUCAAUGUAUUGUUCUAUAUUUGUAUUUUGUUUCCUUAGCAGCUGACUAGACCGUGAUGACAAUACUUUCAGUUUAUCCAUUUAGGAAAGUAAUCGAAUGAACAUGUCAGUCCUUUU